AUGUACUCGAUCCCACGUUCCCCGGCGGUGAAGACACUGGCUCAGCCUGCUGGGUUACUGAGCAUGCAAGUCGACGCUGAAUUCGUAGCAAAACAAAAGAAAGUACUGUCACUCUUCUUAACUCCGAAUCAAAUUGAUACAAAUGCCGAAUACUACAAGAUUGGAAAAGAGUACAAUAUUGAGGCGAACUUAGAAAAUUACACUAAUAAAAAAGCUGUAGAAGAUUUCUUGGCGUUGUAUAAAUAUGGUUUUCUGCCCAAAAAUCACGUCUUCUCCAUUUUCUAUGACAAGCAGAAGGAUGAAGCUAUUGCCCUAUUCCACCUUUUCUAUUACGCCAAAGACUUCGAAACCUUCUGGAAAACUGCUGCUUAUGCACGUGUGUACAUGAACGCAGGUCAAUUCCUGUAUGCGUACUACAUUGCUGUGAUCCAUCGCACUGACACUGUUGGAAUUGUUCUUCCCGCUCCCUAUGAAUUAUAUCCUGAAUUCUUCCUCAAUACCGAUGUCAUCGACAGAGUUUGGCGUACCAAAAUGCAAGGAGGAAUUAUUAACCCCGCCUUUGCUUCUGAGUUCGGCAUUGUAAAAGAAAACGACCAUUUCGUAUACUACAGCAACUACUCAAACUACUGGACAUACGGCGAUCAGGAAUAUAAAUUAUCAUACUUUACAGAAGAUAUCGGUUUAAACUCUUACUACUACUACUUCCACUCAUACUUCCCAUUCUGGUUGAAAGGCGAUGUCUUCCCAGUGUGGAAAGAUCGACGCGGUGAAGUAUACUUCUACUUCUACAAACAGCUCAUUGCCCGUUACUAUCUGGAGCGUCUCAGCAACGGCCUGGGUGAAAUUCCCGAUUUCUCAUGGACCAAACCUAUCAAAACUGGCUACAAGCCAUUCCUAUCUUAUUACUACCCCUUCAUUCAAAGGUCUGACGACUACCAAAUUCCCUAUGAAAACAAUGUUCAAGAACUGCAGUUCCUCGACACUUACGAGAAAACGUUCUUGCAAUACCUCCAGAGAGGCCACUUCAAAGCUUACAACCAAGAAGUUGACUUUAGCAACUCUAAGUCUGUUAACUUUGUUGGCAACUUUUGGCAAUCAAACGCUGAUUUAUACGAGAAGUUUGGGCCUAGAAACUAUCACCGCUCAUAUGAAGUUAUUGCUCGUCGUCUUUUGGGCGCUUCUCCGGAGGCAGUUGAUAAAUACACCUACGUACCUACAGCACUUGACUUCUACCAAACGUCUCUUCGUGACCCAGUUUUCUAUCAGCUUUACAGCAGGAUCUUGAACUAUUUUGUUCAGUAUAAGGAAUACGUUGCACCAUACACUCAAGACGUACUGAACUACGUCGGUGUCAAAGUUACCGAUGUGAAAGUUGACAAGCUUGUCACUUAUUUCGACUUUUAUGACUUCAAUGUAACAAACAGCGUAUAUUUAUCAUCUGAAGAACUGACAACUAAUAAGUUCGCGCCAACCAUAGUGCGUCAGCCACGCCUGAAUCACAAACCGUUCACUGUAACUGUCAACGUUAAGUCCGAUGUUGAGGGUGACGCAGUUUUCAAGAUCUUCAUGGGACCCAAAUAUAACGGUGAAGGUUACCCCAUUAGCCUAGAAGACAAUUGGAUGAACUUUGUUGAGCUUGACUGGUUUGUUCACAAGUUAUCGACCGGACAAAACCAGAUUGAGCGAAGCUCUACUGACUUCUUAUUCUACAAACAAGAUUCAGUUCCUACUGCUGAAAUCUUCAAGCUACUUGAACAGGGAAAAGUUCCCGCUCACAUGUCUGCUGAAGCUGACUUCAUGCCUUCUAGACUAAUGUUACCUAAGGGAACAAAGGGUGGCUUCCCAUAUCAGUUCUUUGUUGUAGUGUAUCCUUACCACAGUGUAGAAAACGUGGCAGAACCCAUUGCAAACUUCAUUGUUGAUAACAAGCCCUUCGGUUAUCCAUUCGACCGCCCAGUGCAAGAAGCUUACUUCAUGCAACCUAACAUGUACUUUAAGGAUGUGUUUGUAUACCACGAAGAUGCGGUUUACCCGUAUCAGUACUCUUAUCCCUACUAUGUAGGUUACAAGGCUCCCUUCAAUAAAUUC